GACACACACAUCCUUGCUCCCAGCCAACUGCCUGGUAGAAUCUGCUAGGAGAACAGCGAGAACGAGAGAAAUGCAGAAACAGUGUUCACUUUGGGGGCCCAUAAAAUCUAUAACAGCAGAAUCCAGCCCCUGUCAAAGUCGUCCAACAGCUGCUGACAAGGAUGGGGUGGUUCAAGAUGCAGAAUAUUGAAACCUAAGGAAUUUAUUUUGGCACCUGUGGAAGAAAAUCCUACAAUUGCCACUGCUUUCCUUGUGACACUGAAAAAGCAGAUUGUGUGCAUCAGGAAGAUAAGCAGAGGAAAGACACAUUUCCCCAAAGUUGAAAAUCUGCCUGGACCGCAGACAUGGGGCCAUCUCCCAGGAGCAGUGACAGUGCAACCCACAUUUUCUAAAGGGGAACUUGACUUUCUCUCAAGCCAGUCCCCCUCACCCUUGUGCCCUGAGCCAUGGCAGGAAACAAAGAGAGGGGCUGCUCUGGUGGAACUCCCCUGGCCCAUGUGAAUGGUUUUCCUACAGCUGUAUAUCCCUUUCCUUUCCCCAAUCCGCACUUCGAGAUGCUCACAAAUGGAGGUUAUUUCCGGACCUAUCCUACCGACCUGCCCAAGGAAAUGGCAUCACUAUCGGUGGAGACCCAAAGCACCAGUUCUGAAGAGAUGGUGCCCAGCUCCCCCUCGCCACCCCCACCCCCACGUGUCUACAAACCUUGUUUUGUCUGCAAUGACAAGUCGUCUGGCUAUCAUUACGGAGUCAGCUCCUGCGAGGGCUGCAAGGGUUUCUUUCGCCGAAGCAUCCAGAAAAACAUGGUCUACACAUGCCACCGGGACAAGAACUGUCAGAUCAACAAGGUCACCCGGAACCGUUGCCAGUAUUGCCGCCUGCAGAAGUGCUUUGAAGUUGGCAUGUCCAAAGAAGCCGUGAGGAAUGACCGAAACAAGAAGAAAAAGGAUGUGAAAGAGGAGGUGGUGGUAGAUAGUUACGAAAUGACACCAGAACUGGAAGAACUUAUCCAGAAGGUCAGCAAAGCUCAUCAGGAAACCUUCCCUUCCCUCUGCCAGCUGGGCAAAUACACCACGAACUCUAGUGCAGACCACCGGGUGCAGCUGGACUUGGGGCUGUGGGACAAAUUCAGUGAACUGGCCACCAAGUGCAUCAUCAAGAUUGUGGAGUUUGCCAAGCGUCUGCCAGGCUUCACCAGCCUCAGCAUCGCUGACCAAAUCACCUUACUCAAGGCUGCCUGCCUAGACAUCCUGAUGCUCCGCAUUUGCACCCGUUACACUCCAGAGCAGGAUACCAUGACCUUCUCAGAUGGUCUGACCCUGAACCGUACACAGAUGCAUAAUGCUGGAUUUGGACCCCUCACUGACCUGGUCUUUGCAUUUGCUGGGCAAUUACUGCCCCUUGAGAUGGACGACACGGAGACAGGCCUGCUCAGUGCCAUCUGCCUCAUCUGCGGAGAUCGAAUGGACCUGGAAGAGCCAGAGAAAGUAGAUAAACUGCAGGAGCCACUUCUGGAAGCAUUGAAGAUCUAUGCUCGCCGGCGUCGGCCCAACAAGCCUUACAUGUUCCCCCGCAUGCUGAUGAAAAUCACAGACCUGAGGGGGAUCAGCACCAAAGGUGCCGAGCGAGCCAUCACCCUGAAGAUGGAGAUCCCGGGCCCCAUGCCGCCACUCAUCCGAGAAAUGCUGGAAAAUCCUGAGAUGUUUGAAGACGAACUGCCUCAGCCUCCACCGUUGGCCAGAGCCCCCAGCAAGGAGGAGACCCCAGCUGACCCGAAGAGCCAGGAGGAGGAGGAGGCCCCCUAGCACCUCAAAAGAGCCACAGGAUCUUAGGCUAGGAAAGGCCAGGAGAGGAAAACCUGUUCACAUCUCUCUCCUCCAUCCUUCCUGUUGCCAGUUUCCUCCAGGACACUUUGUUCGUGCUUGCCUUUCCUGCUCUUGGCGUGCCCAAGCCAGAGUCUGAGGUAACGGCAACACUCCCUAACCGACUCGGAGGCGCCGCGUCCCCCUCUCCGUCGUGUAUUUGAUGACUUGUGGAGAGGGGGUGAAGAGGGGAUGCCUUUUGCCUUAACCUUUCUCCCAUGGGGCCUUGGAUGUAUAUUCGGAAGCCAUUGCCCCCCCCCUCAACCCACCCCCUAAGCUUUGCCAAAGUCUCCCAAGGGCCCGUCCACUUGAGGCGGGCACCCUCAAGCCAAAUAUUCUGGGAAGCCCCCCGAGGGGUGAGACUCGAAGACCUUCCCUUUCCGAGCGGGCUAAGCUGCCAAUGUGCAAUUCCCCCCCAACCCCUUGCCUGUGAGGUGGGGGGAAGGGGGUACCUCAAGAGCUGAGAGAGAGAGAGAGAGACUCUUCCACUCACGGCAGGCCCUCUGCCAGGGGUUCUUGCCUCCUCCCCAGUCCACAGCCUUGGUGGGAAGUCAGACAUAUCCUUUGGCCUUCCCAGUCGGGAACCCAGGCAUCCGGGACACUAUUUAUUCAAGCUUCUGAAGAAGAGAGACCGAUGACCUGCACUCCAGCCAUCUCCCCCUCACAUCCCAUCUCACACACACAGGGAAUUGGACCCAUAAGUAUGGGGUAUGGGCAAGCACAAAGUCAGGAAGACUUCAGCACAAAAACACCUCCUUAUUGUGGGCUUUUAGGUGCCUGGGUGUUAAUAUCCAUUUCUUAUGGAGCCCAAUGAGAUGUGGAAUUUUUUUAUUAUUAUUUUAUUUUUGGAGGAAGGUGAGCUGUGAGGGGUGGGGGUGGGGGCUUUUUAAAAAGCUGUAUAAAGUGCUAAUGUCUUACUGUUGGGACAGGAGAUCAACCCCAUAGUGGGGUUUGGGAAGGUGCGGCAGACCUUCCUGCUGCCUCCUCAGUCCCAAAGCA